AUGGGGUUGGAGACGCCACAAGAGCUGGAGCAAGCGGACGGUAGGGAAGCGUCAGGGCACCCCGCAUUAGUCGCGGGAGCGAACCAUUUAGGGGGAGAGGCGCCGCAUCCAGCGAAUGCGGAGGCGAGAGCGGAGAUGGAGGCGGAUGAAGCAGCGCGGGAGAAGCAGCGGCGAAAGCAGAGUUCGACGGGGCAGGUGAUGGAGGUGCCGCCCAUGGAUGAGUACCUGUGCCCCAUCUCCGGCGACGUCAUGGAAGAGCCCGUCACCAUCGCGUCGGGCCACACCUUCGACCUCAAGUCCAUCCAACAGUUCUUCCACGAGGGCAACAAGCACUGCCCAGUAACGCAGGAGCCGCUGGAGAACCUGGAGGUGACGCGCAACGAGGAUAUGGCGCGGGCCAUCGAGGAGUGGCGCGCGCGCAACACGGUGAUGCGCAUCCAGGCGGCGCGGCCGAAGCUGCAGUCGGGCAAGGAGGAGGAGGUGGAGGGCGGGCUGCUGGAGGUGUUCCAGCUGUGCGAGGAGCGCGCCAGCAACCGCUACUGGGUGGCGGCGGAGGGGCUCAUUCCCGUCGUCGUCAACCUGCUCAAGUCCACCAGCCGCAACCUCCGCCGCAAAACACUCGCCACACUCGCCAACCUCGCCAACGGGAAUGACGAGAACAAGGAGCUGGUGGUGGAGGCGGGCGCCAUUCAGCUGGCGGUGCGGUCGCUGUCACGGGACGUGGGCGAGAGCCGGCAGGCCGUGGCGCUGCUGCUGGAGCUGAGCAAGAGCCCCAAGGUGUGCGAGGAGAUCGGGCGCGCGCAGGGCUCCAUCCUGCUGCUCGUGACCAUGCUCAACAACGAGAACGCCAACGCCGCCAAGGACGCGGCGGCCGUGCUGCAGCAGCUGGCCAGCAACGACCAGAACGUGGUGCAGAUGGCCGAAGCCAACCACUUCAAACCACUCGCCGACCGCCUCACCACAGGUUCGGACAUGACGCGGAUAGUGAUGGCGAGUGCGCUGUCGCGCAUGUCGUUGACGGACCAGAGCAAGGCGGUGCUGGUGCAGCAGGGCGCCAUCCCGCCGCUGGUCACCAUGAUGGCGGCGGGCAAGCUGGAGGCCAAGGCGGCGGCGCUGGGCGCGCUGCAGAACCUCUCGUCGCUCGCCGCCAACCGCAACGAGCUCAUCCGCGCGGGCGUGGUGCCGCCGCUGCUCACGCUGCUCUUCUCCGUCACGUCCGUCGUCAUGAGCCUCAAGGAGGGCGCCGCCGCCAUCCUCGCCAACAUCUCCCUGGCGGCCGCCGCGCAGGCGGACACGAGGAUGGACGGCAGCGGGGCGAUGCUGGAGUCGGAGGAAACCAUCUUCCAGCUGCUCUCGCUCAUGAACCUCGCUGGCCCCAACAUCCAGGUGAAUCUACUCAAGGCGUUGCUGGGCAUGGCGUCGGUACGGCAGGCCGUGGAAGGGCGCAAGCGCAUGAUGGUGGGGGGAGCAGUGGACGUGCUCAUCCCCUUCAUUGACGGCUCUGAAGGGGGGCCAGCGACGAGGCCGUUGGCAGCGCGGGUGUUAAGGGAGCUGUGUCGGGAGGCGGAGGCGGGCAAGAGUGUGGCGGACAGCCUCAUGGACGGGCAGGGCGCGGCGCUGAGGGCCAUCAUCGCCAUGCUGCACGACAAGGACUCAUUUGACAACCGCGCCGCUGCUGCCGGGCUCAUCGCUGCGCUGCCUGCCACUCACGCCAAGCUCAACCACGCUCUCGUGCAGGCGGAUGUGGUGCAGACGCUGGUUACGAUGCUGGGCAUGAAGGGGGGCGGUGUGGGCAGCAACGCACAGCUCAAGGACGCGGCUCUGGAGGGCGCUGCUAACGCCCUCGUGCGCUUCACUCUCCCCUCCAACAUGAAGCAGCAGCAGCAGUUGGCGGAGCUGGGAGCCAUCCCGCAGCUGGUGACGCUGCUGGUGACGGGCAACGCGGGGGCCAAGCGGGGGGCAGCGCUGUGCCUCGGCAACUUCUCCGACUCCAGCCCCACGCUCUCCGUGGCCGUCAAGGCCAAGUCGGGCGGGUGCUGCUUCAAGGCGCCCGAGGAGCCCAAGUGUGUGGUGCACGGGGGCACGUGCUCCGUGCGCUCCUCCUUCUGCCUGCUCGAGGCCGAGGCCAUCGACCCCCUCGUGGCCGCCAUGGCCGAGAAGGAGCCCCUCACGGCCGAGGCGGCACUCACGGCACUGUCGACGCUGAUGGCGGACUCGUGCCGGUGGGAGGCCAGCGUCAAGAUCAUCCAUGAGUCCGGCGGGUUUGGGCGGGUGGUGCAGCAGCUGAGCGAGGGCACGGAGAGGGCCAAGGAGAAGGGCGUGUGGAUGCUGGAGAAGCUGUUUCGGCUCGAGGAGUACAAGUUUGAGUACGCCACCAAGGCCCAGGGCGCGCUCAUUGAGAUCACCCAACACGGCUCCAACGAGACCAAGCCCGUCGCUGCUAAGAUCUUGACCGCCGCCAGACCUGCAGCAGCUGCCGCGGCCCAGCCUGCAGCAGCAGCCGCCGCCGGACCUGCAGCAGCUGCCGCCGCCGAGCCUGCAGCAACAGCCGCGGCAGAGCCUGCAGUCGCAGCCGCCGCCAGACCUACAGCAGCGGCCGCCGCCGACCCUGCAGCAGCAGCCGCCGCCGGACCUACAGCAGCGGCCGCCGCCGACCCUGCAGCAGCUGCCGUCGCCGAGCCAGCAGCAGCAGCCGCCGCCAGACCUGCAGCAGCUGCCGCCGCCGAGCCUGCAGCAGCAGCCGCCGUUCGAGAAUACCACAGCAGCCGCCGCCGUCCCUGCAGCAGCGGCCUGAAGUUUGACACCUGGCUAGAUGACCUGCACCUCUUCCUACAGCUCACUGCCAAGGAGGACAUUUCACUGUACGAUCACGCCCUAGGCCAUGCUACUGCCCCUGACACUACUGCUGACAGCACUCUGCGCUCCCAGUGGCAGACCCGUGACGCGCACGCUCGCUUCGCUAUUCGCAACUCCCUACCGCUAGAUGAGCGCGAGCACUUCGGCCAGUGCAAGACUGCUAAGGAACUGUACACAGCCGUAGUUGCUCGUUACUCCUCACCUGCGUCUGCCGCACUAGGCCGCCUCUCACUGCCCUACCUGUUCCCCGACCUGGCCUCCUUUCACACUGUUGCUGACCUCAUCACCCACCUCAAGACUAGUGAGGCCCGCUUUCGCGCUGCUAUGCCUGCCGAGUUCCUUGCUAGCAACCCCCCCCCGCUCUGGCUCACUCUCUACCACAUUGUCACCCGCCUCCCUGACUCUCUGCGCACAGUCAGGGAUUCCUUUCUAGCUCGCUCCCCUACUGAGCUCACCAUUGCCCUCCUCGAGAAGGACCUACUUGCAGCUGAGGCGAGCAUCGUCGCCGUAGGUGCCUCUCGUGGCGAGCCCCGCACCCCCUUCUUUGAGGGGUGUUCCCCUUCCCCCCUUCUCCCCUCUGUCGCCUCUGCUUCUGCUGUCGACCUCCUUGGUGCUGAGAAGGUCGGGACCGCGUCUGCUUCGAGCGGGCGCCGCAGGACCAAAGGAAGCAAGGGUGGAGGCGGGGGAGGCGGGGGUGGAGGCGGUGGGAGUGGAGGAGGGGCUGGAGAGACUAGUGGCGGCAGUGGGGGUGGUGACGGCAGCGGCGGAGGCGGUGGCAGGGGCGGGGACGGCAGUGGGGGCGGCGGUGGUCGUGGCAGCGGCAGGGGAGGGGGUGGUCGAGGAGGUGGCAGCGGCGGUGGUGGUCGUGGAGGCGCUGGCGGUGGUCCGAGCCAGCAGCACACUCCGUCGCUCCAGGAGGCCCGUGAGUGGUAUGCGCAGCGUGGGGGGGCGGGUGGCCUUAGCUGCACGUACGUCAUCCGCACUGGUGACCGCACUGGUCAGACGUGUGGGAAGCCGCACCCCACGCCGCGCUGUUUCGCGCGCCUUGACGACGCUUGGCGCACUCAGUUCCCUGACGGCAAUGAGCUGCCCCGCUGGUUUGAUCUGGAGAAGAAGGGAAUUGAUAUCUGGGCUUUAGACUUUGAUGCUAUUCUCACUGCCAUGUAUGCUAUGUUUACUAGUGGAGAGGGUGCUCAGUACUUGCGUGUUCCGCCCGACCCGGGCAUUCUGACCAGUGAGGCUGCUGCUCUAGGUGCUAGUGCGUCUGCAGCUCCAGGUGCUCGCGUGUCUGCUACCCCUGGUGAUGGUGAGGCUGCCACUCUAGGUGCUGGUGAGUCUGUCUCCCCUGGUACUGAGUCGACUGCGGCACUGCACACCUUCACACUGGACUCAGGUGCUUCUCGCUGUUUCUUUCGAGAUCGCACUGCCCUUGAGCCACUCGCUCGGCCAGUUGCUGUCUCCCUCGCUGACCCCUCUGGGGGUCCGGUCAUUGCGACCUCCUCCACUGUUCUUCCCUGUCCUGCGGUCCCGUCUGGCACACUGACGGGGGUGUUCACCAGUUCACCCCUGCCUACGAGCGCGUGA